AUGGACCAGAAGGACAACGCCAAUCCGAUCGUGUACCAGUCGAGCGCGAGCGCCAACCAGCGACGUGCGUCGUCGAGCGCGGAUGCCGAGUGGUGGCGCGACCACUCGAUCCACUCUUCGGCCGCUUCCAUCCGCACACCUUCUGCCAGCACCGGCACCGGCGCCAUCGCUUCCAGCUCUUCCAGCACGGGCACUGCAUUCGGAUCCGGGCUCGCUUCGUCCUUCUCCCGAGCCACAAGGUCGACCCUCGACGAGGACGAUGAGGAUGACGAGGACGAAGAGGAUGACCGCCUCGAAGGCGACGUGCACGACAAGGAUGGUGAUGUGGCCAUGGGUGCUACUCAGCAGCCGUCGACAUCGCUCAAGGGCGACGAGAUCGACAGUCAGGAGAUCUACGACCUGAUUCGGUCGAUUACGGAUCCGGAGCAUCCGCUGACGCUGGAGCAGCUGGCGGUUGUGAAUGCGUCGCACAUCAGCGUUUCGCAGGGCGACCUGAGUCGCAACACGCUUCCGCACGUGCUGCUCGAAUUCACGCCAACGAUUCCGCACUGCAGCAUGGCUACGCUCAUCGGGCUGUCGCUGCGGGUGCGGCUGCUGCGUGCGCUGCCGGAGCGGUUCAAGGUGGACAUCCGUGUGCGUCCGGGCACGCACCAGAGCGAGAAUGCGGUCAACAAGCAGCUCAACGACAAGGAGCGCGUGGCUGCGGCGCUGGAAAACUCGCACCUGUUCAACGUGGUGCAGGGCUGUCUGGCCAGUGCCGGUCGUCGUGGCAAGAGCGCCGAUGACCUCGCAGCGUACCUCAACGCCCCACCAUCAGCGGAUGGCGCAAUGGAUCAGGACCAUGCCAACAUCUGGAAGACCGUCGACGAGAUCACCACGCGCAUGGGCAUCGCCGUCUAA